UGUUAAAUACAGAAUAGAUUGGGAAAGCCCGGUAGAGUUGGUGCACACACCCCACGGUCCUGUGCAGAGAAGAGCUAGGAGAAAGAGGAAAGGGGAAAGAAGAUGAGUGGUGGGGAAGAAGAUGAGACAACGUUGGAGUUCACGCCGACAUGGGUGGUGGCCGCCGUCUGCACAGUCAUCGUUGCCAUUUCUCUGGCCAUGGAGCGAUUGCUCCACUUCGCCGGCAAAAAGUUGAAAAGGAAGAACCAGAAACCCCUCUUCGAAGCCUUACUAAAAGUUAAAGAAGAAUUGAUGCUGUUGGGAUUCAUAUCGCUGCUUCUGACGGUGUUCCAGAAUGUCAUUUCCAAAAUCUGUGUCCCGGAGGGUGUGACUCGUCACAUGCUUCCCUGUAAACGCGAGGAAGGAGAGCAUGAAGAAUCCACUAGUAAUGCCACUACUGCCCAUUUUCAGAGCUCCUUUGCGCCCGCCAUUUUCGGCAGAGCCAGGAGGCUUCUAUCCGAGGUUGAGGCUUCGUCGACCGGUUACUGUGCCAAAAAGAAUAAGGUACCAUUAUUAUCCACUGAAGCACUGCAUCAUCUGCAUAUCUUUAUCUUCGUCCUAGCUAUUGUCCAUGUAACCUUCUGCGUCCUCACUGUUCUUUUUGCUGGGGCAAGGAUUCGCCAAUGGAAACGAUGGGAGGAUGAAAUUGCAAAACAGAAUUAUGAUACACAUCAAGUUCUGAAGGCAAAAACAGUUACCCAUGUCCAUCAACAUGCUUUUAUCAAGGAACAUUUUCGGGGUAUUGGUAAAAACUCAGCUAUGUUGGGAUGGAUGCAAUCUUUCCUCAAGCAGUUUUAUGCAUCUGUGACAAAAUCAGACUAUGUUACACUACGGCUAGGUUUUAUCAUGACCCAUUGCAGAGGAAACUUAAAGUUUAAUUUUCACAAAUACAUGAUGCGUGCACUUGAAGAUGAUUUUAAGAAGGUCGUUGGUAUAAGUUGGUAUCUUUGGAUAUUUGUGGUCAUUUUCCUUCUGCUUAAUGUUAACGGUUGGCAUACGUAUUUCUGGAUAGCAUUCCUUCCUUUCAUUCUUCUUCUUGCUGUGGGGACUAAGCUGGAGCAUGUAAUAAGCCAGUUGGCUCAUGAGGUUGCUGAGAGACAUGUAGCUAUAGAAGGUGACUUGGUUGUUCAACCAUCAGAUGCGCACUUUUGGUUUGGCCGGCCCCGCAUUGUUCUAUUUCUGAUCCAUUUUAUCCUUUUCCAAAAUUCUUUUGAGAUUGGAUUUUUUUUCUGGAUAUGGGUUCAAUAUAGCUUCGACUCUUGCAUAAUGGGACAAGUUCGUUUUAUUGUCCCACGGCUCAUUAUUGGGGUCUUCAUUCAGGUAUUCUGCAGUUACAGCACCCUGCCACUUUAUGCCAUUGUCACACAGAUGGGAACUACUUUCAAGAAGUCAAUAUUUGAUGAGCAUGUGCAAGCGGGACUCGUUGGUUGGGCUGAGAAGGUGAAGAAAAAGAAGGGGAAAGGAGCUGGCUCUGGCCAAGGAAGUUCCCACGAAAGUUCUAAGGUGGGUAUUCAGAUGGGGGCGGCUUUGCGCAAGGCGGCUACACAGGAGGAGAUUCAGGCUGCACCUGCUGGUUCUGAAGGGUCAAAAUGAGCAGGCUUAUAUCGUCAUCUAACUAGGGGCAUUUCACUCAUUUGUAUAGUUAUAUCACCUUGGUAUGGGGCUGGAAGGGCUCAUUUGUAAAAUAAUCUAAGGUGUUUUCUGCUUGGCUUAAAAUGUCGGAUUGCAUUUUAUCAACAAAAAAAAAAAAAAAAAAUGUCGGAUUGCAUACAUAUUUUUGAAUGCCAGUGUGUUUUUUCUGCCAAUUAAUGAAGUCUUUCUUAGUCUUUUCAGAAG